UUAUUGUCUUCAAAAAAUAAAAAAUGAUUCAAAUCUUCAGUGUAAGUUUAACUUUCCAUUUGAACCUUGCCCAUGUACAAAGCUUCAAUUUGAGCCUAUACAUUCAGAAAAACAACCCAACCAAUACAAAGUAAAGAUAGUAACUAGACUUAAUAAUCACCAACGCCUUCAACUGCAGGGCUGGAGAGCCAAUUGUGACAUUCAGGUAGUCAAUGAUUAUCAUGCUUGUGUUGAAUACCUUGCCAAAUAUGCAUCAAAAGGCAAGCCACAUUCCUCCGCUAUGAAAUCGGCAUUCAAUUCCAUUCUCUGUAAUUGUGACAUUGAAAGCAAUCCCACGAAACUGAUUAAAUACGUAAUAAUGAAGUCACUUAGGCAAAGGGGCUUUUCUACACAAGAAACCAUCCAUCACUUACUGUCACUAAUUGGUCAGCUGAUCAUUUAAUGUAAUACCUAUUAAUUUAAAUGGAUCUCAUAAAAUAGUAACAAAUUCUCCUGAAGAAGUGGCAACAAAUGAUCCCCUUCUUAAUUGUUUAUACUCACUGUGCAGUGUAUGUUAAGGAAAUUUCCAAUAAACUGAAUUUAAAUUUAAUUACUUUCCCUAAAAAGUACAAACUUGUAAAUGUAAUGCGUUGAUAGUAGUGUUUACCGGAAGUUGUGUUAGCCGAAGUUCUCGGACAUUGAAAACGUGCAAAGGAUCAUGGAUAGUUGUGUGGGCCAUGCUUUCCAGGUGUCAUGGCAGCCAAAUAAAGUGUAUUUUCUUGCUAUAGUUAACUCUGGUUUAUUAUACGGCCAUCUGGGUGACAUCGUUACAUUGGCGACAAGGAUUCAAUUCGUUUUAUGAGGUAGUGGAUGUUUUUAGAAGUCAUUUGUGUGGAACGUCCUAGCAUUUUGUCAGAAAGGUGAUGAACAGUGGAACCAGUUUGAGUACAACUUCAAGUUCACAAGCUUUGCCAGCUGCGACGUUUAUUCCUCUUCUUGAUGUGGCCAGCCUUUCCCCCUUCAAUCCAAAGGAAGAUCUGAACACCCUUGCAGCUCACUGGAAGUUGUGGAAAUGCUUGUUUAAUCUGUAUUUGGUGGCAAAGGGUAUUACGAAAGAUGAACAGAAAACUGCAUUUCUGUUGCAUACUGGAGGGUUGAAUUUUCAGGAGCUUUAUUACACGUUAUUGACUGGAACAGAUAUCAAGCCGUUCGCUAAGAGUAUGGUGUUGUUGGAUAACUAUUUCGCACCACAGUUGAAUGUUCCAUUUGAAAGACGUCAGUUUAGGCAAAUGGAACAAAUGUCAGGAGAGUCGGUGGAUCAGUUCUUUUGUCAGUUGAAGCAGAAAGCAAUCUCCUGUGAGUUUGAAAAUGUUGAUGAGGCAACAAGGAAUCAGCUUAUUGAGAGAUGCAGGCAUCACAGACUUCACUGUAAGUUCCUUGAGAAAACAAAUGCUACUCUGAGGGGUUUACAAGAUUUGGCUCUUGUGUAGGAAGCAGUGAACAUGCAGGUCAAAGCUAUGGAU